GGAAACAAAAGAAUUGGCACGGGAAAGGCCCCACCAACAACACAACAGCGCAAUACGAAAGAUAGCAUUGCACCAACCACACCAUAACUGUGGCUAUACCAAAAAGAGAUCAAUAUUCGAUUCACUUGAAGGUCUAGUGCACUAUAUCACAGUUGACGAAACAGAGCAAAUAUAAACUAGGGCUGAGAUUAAGGUGGGACACAACAUAAAUCGUCGAUUACGAAAUACAUCAAAUUACACGACAACAAAUCAUGGUUUCGAUUCGACAGGCAACCGUCCAGGAUUUGCUACAGAUUCAGACCACGAAUCUAUGGUGCUUGCCAGAAAAUUACCAAAUGAAGUACUAUUUUUACCACUUGCUGUCCUGGCCGCAAUUGCUCUGGGUCGCUGAGGAUUUCGACGGGAAAAUUGUUGGAUAUGUUCUUGCGAAGAUGGAAGAAGAUGAAACGCAACCAAAGCACGGUAAGCAUUGGCGUUGAGCAGAUUUUAGUACGCUUCAUUAUGUUUAAUCGAUGAUGUAAACCAAUGUAUGAGUAUGCAGGGCGAGAAACAAGCUUGAAUAGUUUUGUCAACAACAAUGCCACAAACUUUUAAUCUGUGUGACUGACAGCUUCAAAAUACUGUUUCCGCCUCCAACUUUCGGUUCGUUUUCGAUCAAACGCAUUGAAACUACACGCUUUUUGUCCAUGAAUAAACAAACUAUGAAAUUCUGAAAAAUAUAAGGCCACAUCACCUCCCUUUCGGUCCUGAGGACACACCGAAAAAGGGGGAUCGCCACCGCCCUAAUGCGCCGGAGUCAAAAAGAAAUGGCCGACGUAUUUGGUUCUGAAUACGUAAGCCUUCACGUUCGUAAGUCCAACCGAGCCGCAUUUCACCUCUAUUCAGUGACGCUUCAGUAUGAGGUCAACGAUGUCGAAAAGGGGUACUACGCCGAUGGAGAAGACGCCUAUGACAUGCGGUGUUACUUCAAGCAACGAUCAACGCCGGCAAACGAAGAAUCCUCGGCAGCAGUGGGCGGUACCAACGAGAGCAGUAGUACUGAGGAGACGGACGGACCACCAACGCGAGCAAUGCACCAGUUGCAGGUGAGCGAUGCAGCGGCUCCGGUGGCGGCAGGGAUGUAGUUCUCAGGUAUUGAUUGAUGAGUUGUGCUUUGAUAUGAUAUGAUAUACUUUGUUAUGCUUUGCUAAGUUGUAUCAGCGAGCCGACGAUUUGAGCAACCUAAGAUGCGAUAGGGGUUGGCUUUGGUUCAUGGAAGGCGUGGUCGUACAAUUCAAUACUAAUGGAUCGGUCGCAAACGGCAAUAUACAAAAGUCUAUUUCAUACGGAUUUAUUGUUCGUCAAACCGUUCGUUGACUUGGCGAUGCUAUCAUACAUAUAUGAAACGACACCGAAUAUUCAUCACUAGGAAAAUACAAUUUGUACUAACAAGACGAUACGACAUCGAACACAUAACAAUAGUAAAAUGCAAUUUGCACU